UUUAUAAGGUUUUUAAAAGUUUUUUCAAAUUUUCCAUCUGGUUUACAACUAGAACUAAUACAUCAGCCAAGUGGCCCAAUACGUAAGGUUCGAGAGGUCAAAGAUUUCAUCGAGAGGUAUACCAUGUUUUACGGUUGAAUACUCUAAAGAAGCAAAAGGAUAUCGGUUAUACUGUUCUUCACAGAAAAAAAUGUAUGCAAGUCGCAAUGUAUGUUUUAUAGAGAAAAUUGAUCCUGAAGUGAUAUUUAAUGAAUUUGAAAUUAAAAAUAAUACUGGAAAUUCUGAUUUUGGAAAUAUAAUAAUCAGUAAUAAUGUAAGUUUUGAAAGUGAAAACGAUAAUUUCAAUAAUGACACUAGUCUUGAUGAUAAUACGAACAAAUAUUCAGUCAGCAAUGAAAUUGAUAUUAGUAAAAAUGAUGAUAAAAUUUCAGAACGAGAAGAAUGUGAAUCAAAAGUUAAUGAAAGUGAUUUUACGAAAAAUAUUAAUGACAUACGAAUUGAAGAACUUAGAAUAGAAUCUCAUUGUAUUAAAGAAGUAGAAGCACUAGAAGCACGGAUGAUGAUAAUGAAAAUAAUUAUGAUAAUUUUAAUGAUGGCAAAAAUAAAGGCGGUAGGCCAAAAAUAUUAAGAACAAGUAAACCAGGUCGUCCUAUAAUAAUUAGAACAAAACUAAAUUUAAUAAAAUCAUUGAAUGAUAUUGAUACAGUACAGAGAAGUUGUGUCACGAAAAGAUGCUAGUAAAUAGAUUCAAGCAAUGGAAAUUGAAUAUGAUACGUUAAUUUGAUACAUGAGAACUAAUGAAUCUACCAGAUGAAAGAAAAGCUAUUCUAUGUAAAUGGAUAUGUAGUACAAAAAGAAAUGUGGUGAAGUUGAACGAUAUAAAGCCAGAUUGGUAGCCAAAGGAUGUAGUCAAAAAUUUGGAUUUCAUUAUAAUGAAACCUUUUCUCCGGUUGCCAGAUUUAGUACUAUUCGCUUAUUAUUUUCACUUGCUGUAGAAUAUCAAUUAAUUUUACAUAACGUUGGCGUUACUUUUGCUUUCCUGAAUGGAAAUCUUCAGGAGGAAGUGUAUAUGUUACAGCCUGAAUAUUUCUCUAAUUCAACAAAUCACGUAUGCAAAGUUAAAAAGUCGUAUGGACUCAAACAAUCUGGUAGGGAUUGGAACAGAAGAUGGGAUCAUGUACUUUUGUAAAGUAGGAUUAUCUCAUUGUAUUAGUGAUUUUUGUAUAUACUUUAUGAGAUCUAAGGGUAAAUUAAUUUUAAUAAUUGUAUAUGUAGAUAAUUUACUUUUAGAUUGUCAGUCGAGCGAAAUGAUCAAUGAGGUAGAAUUCAAAUUAAGCAUAGAAUUUGAUAUAGUGGACAAGGGUCCUGUUAACUAUUUUUUGGAAAUUGGAGACCGGUAAAAUUACGAAAGAAAUAUAAUCGAAAUAACACAAGAACAAUUCAUACGAGAUUUAGUAGCUCAAUAUAAUGUGUUUGAUUCGCGAAAAUGCCAAACUUCCCUGGACCCGGGUACGAUUUUAAAAAACUGCGAAAAAUGUAACAAAUGCUCAAAAGUGGAUCAUAAAUCCUACCAGUCUCUCAUAGGGUCAGUGAUGUAUAUAUCUGUAGCAACUCGACCAGAUUUUGCAGCUGCUUUAAGUAAACUAUCCCAAUUUAACAAGGAUCCCCAUAUGGAACAUAUGGUAGCUGCUAAACAUCUAUUGAGGUAUUUAAAUACUACGGCUGAUUACAAGAUGAUAUAUAAAGCAACCAGACAACCGUUAUAUGGUUAUGAUGAUGCGGAUUGGGCUGGAAACCACACCGACCGGAAAUCUCAUACCGGAUUUGCAUUUUUCGUAGCAAAUGUCCCUGUGUCUUUGGAAUCAAGAAAACAAUAAUCCGUUGCUUUAAGUACAACAGAAGCUCAAUAUGUAGCGUUAUGUGCAGCGACAAAAGAAGCAAUAUAUUUCAGAAAUCUUCUUAAAUUAAUAAAAUUAAAUGACUUAAUAAAAGAACUUACUGUAAUU